CUGAAAGGUGCCGCAUCAUCAUCAUCAUCCCUCCCAUCCGUCCUUUCACCCCACCGUCCCAUACUGAGCUGGUGGCUAGUUUAGCUUUAGCCUCUCCUGUGUUAGCAUCAUCUCUGUCUCUCGCUCGCUCGCUCUCUUUCUGCAGUGGGAUUGCCACAACAUCAACGGCACCUCCCUUCUCCUCACUCUGCAUCCUCUAACGGAAAAGCAGAGAAGGAAGAAAUGAGAUGGACUAAAGGAUGAACAGAGAUGUGUGUUAUUCAGUGAGUCCUGUGAACCCACAUUAGAAAUUGUGUACCUCCCCUCUCUCCAACACCAUGAGUGUCGUAGCUCUCUCACCGGUGGCCCCUGAGCCAGCCUCGCCGAUGCUCACCUCUGUCACUCCUGUCACCCCGAACCUGGACCCCAGCACCUCGAGCUCACUUGCUGCUAUCACUGUUCCCCCUCUCGGCCUGGAGCCUCAGUCGAAGGAUGGCUCUUCCUCACCGGGCCCAGGCCCCAGUCAGGGAAGCCUCACUGAAGGACCUCACAUGGGACAAGACAACUCCCGGAGGUCAAAGAAACCUCCGCCUCUCCACACUGGAGCCGACUGGAAGGUCGUCCUACACCUACCAGAGAUUGAGAAGUGGCUGAGAGCAACCAGUGACAGAGUGACGCAGCUCACACACUCUGUGGGGCAAGACAGCAACAACCGGCACGUGGACGUCCACUUAGUGCAGCUCAAGGACAUCUGUGAGGACAUCUCAGAUCAUGUGGAGCAGAUUCACGCCCUGCUGGAGACGGAGUUCUCCCUGAAACUACUGUCCUACUCUGUUAACAUCAUUGUUGACAUCAGGACGGUGCAGCUGCUGUGGCACCAGCUGAGAGUCUCGGUUCUGGUCCUGAAAGAACGUCUGCUGCAGAGCCUGCAGGACUCCAACGGAAACUACACCCGGCAGACUGACAUCCUGCAGGCCUUCAGCCAGGACCAGCACCAGACCCGCCUGGACGCUCUGACAGAGGUAGACGAUUGUGGUCAGCUGACUAUCCGCUGCAGCCAAGACUACUUCUCUCUGGACUGUGGUAUCACUGCCUUUGAGUUAAGUGACUACAGUCCCAGUGAUGAACCCGAGGUCCGGGUAGCAGAGUCUAAUAGUGAGGAAACCCUAAAGGAAAUCAACCAAACCCAAGACCCAAACCAGGAACCAAGAUCUGAGGAAAGUGGAGAUCCCCAUCUGUCAAACCACAAAAUCCAUAACAGUUUACCGGAACUCUCUUCUCCCAGUGACUCAACAAACCAUAACCCUUCUUCAUCUAUUUUGCCCACAAUGCAAUGUGGCAUGCCUAACCACAAUGAAAGUGCGAAGCGCCCCCUGCAGGGUGAGUUCCACAGCACCGAAGUAUCACCCACACAACCAUCACUUCCCAAGAGAGCUGCUAUGUUCCUAGAUGGAGCAUCCAGGGCGGAGGACUCAGUGGGAGGUUCGGAGAAGGUUAGCCCAGUCUCAGGGAUCCAGUUCCAGUCUGAGCUGAGCCGAAGCACCCCGUCUCUCAUCUCUGCCUCUCCUCCAGACCGCUCCAAGUUCUGGUUGGAACUGGACUCAGUUUAUCCGGAAAAUGUUUCACAGUCCUGCGAGAGCCUGCAGGUGAUGAAUGGGUGCAACAUACGUAGAAAAAAUGCAAGCUCCAGAUACGGAGGACACUCAGGUGGGAGUGCACAGAGGCUUCUGCCUGACCAGAGGAGCUCAUCUGGGGCCAGACCAACCGCUGACGCCCCCCUGCCUUUGCAGGACCUGAAGUCUCAGAAUGAAACAUCAAAUCAAAUGGAGAGGAUGCAGAAGGAGACACAUACACAUAGUGAGGGGGACUCUGAUUCCUCCUUGCCUUCUCCCAUGAGGGAGCAAGCUCUCUCUUCAGACUUGGAAGCAUCAGGAGAGGAGUCGGACCCCCGACCGCCUCGUAGCAAGGCGGCGGUCUGGAUUGUAAAGCGCCAGGGUCAGAGGGGUCCCCAAGUCUCAUCCAAAGGCAGCCCAGACAGGGAGCACUGGUAUGGGUCAGAAGAGUUCCUGGCUCUCCCUGCUCAGCUCCGCAAAACAGAAAUGCUUGCUAUGAAACUAGAAAGUCUGACUCAGACCGUCCCCUUGAGGCCAGGUGGCUCUACCCAGGAUGUGGAUGAUUGGGAUUUGACUGAGCUCAACCCGGACUGGGAUGUAGGAGAGAGCGGGGACAAUGUGAGCAGUGUAGUGGAUAGUGGGGAAGACAUUCCUUCUCCUCUGCCAUCGCUGGUUACUCGCAGGCGAAACCUGCUUGGCCGCUUUAGCCCCAGUUCCUCGAGCGAUGUUGCACCCUCCCUGGAUGAAAGCAUCGAGUCGGGCCCGUUAAGUGACCUGCAGUCUGAAGAGGAUGAGGGGCGAAGGUCAGCAGAGCAUCAGCCUCCGCUGACCCUGCCCCCGUUGAGAGGGCGUGAAUGCGCGUCUCUGGUGCAGCAGCUGCUGGAGGACAUUCACAGUCACGACAAAGACCCUGAUAUCUGGAAGAAGAUUGAGUAUUUCGUGCAGCAGUUGGACGGGUUCAUCUCGUGGCUUCAGGAGGCGCUGGACAGCACAGAGAACUGGAUUCAGCCCAGACAGGACCCGGAUAGCCUGAGGGUGUACCUCGACACACACCUGAGUUUCAAGCUAAAUGUGGACAGUCGCGCCGCUCUGAAGGAAAGCAUAAUGGAGGAAGGCAAAGCGCUGCUCACCAUCAUCACCUUCCACCAUUCUGGUCUGAAGGAUAUCCUCCAUAUGGUUUCCAGCCAAUGGGAUCAGCUCCAGCGGCAGAUCCGGCGCCAGCAUAGCUGGAUGCUCCGCGCCCUCCGCUGCAUCCAGGCCCGCCUCCUCUAUACCAACCAGUUACACGAGCCCUUCACAGCCCCAGGGGACCCGUCAGCCAAUUGGCUGCCUUCUUGCCCAGCAGACGGCCUCAAGGCGGAGCAGACCACCAGUCAGUGCGAAGCCCAGCGAAUGGCCUUAGAGCAGAUGGCUAUCAAACUAAGCAGCCUGCAGUACCCCUCACCCACCAACAGAAGGCGCUGCAAUCACCUGGCCAGGAACAACAGUCUGCAGGAGUUUGAGGCUGAAUACCAGGAGCUGUGGGAUUGGCUGAUGGACAUGGACGCCAUGGUAACAGACAGUCAUCAGCUGAUGCUGUCAGAAGAGCAGAGACAUCACCUCUUCAAGAGCAGCCACACUGAGCUGAUGAUGAUGGAGAGCAGAAAGACCAACCUGCUGGGCCGAGCCGAGUCUCUGAAGAGGAGUGGCACUGAACUACCGAGCAGCUUCCACUGCAAAAUACACAACCUGACACACAUGUGGAGACAGCUGGAGAAAAUCCUCUCCAAGCAUUCAGGACCCGGUAGGUCUGAGCAAAACCAGUCGUCCAACAUAAAGGCUCAGCUGGCUGGAGGUCGAGGUGUCACUGUGGAAAACCCUCGAUCAGCCCUGUCCCCACUUACCAACUCACUUCUGGAGCAGUUGGAGGCCCGUAUCAAGGAGCUGAAGGCGUGGCUGCGAGACACUGAACUCCUCAUCUUUAACUCCUGCCUCAGACAGGACAAGGAUGCUUCAGAGCAGCUCCAGAGCUUCAAGCCCCUGUGUUCGGACAUUCAGGCCCGACGGCGUGGGGUCUCCUCUGUUCUGAAACUGUGCCAGAAGCUGCUACAACAGAGCCAGUCGGGCCCCAUGGCUGAGGUGGGCCCUGAUGCGGAGCAGCACAGAGAGGCCCUGCAGCUGCUGUCUAUCAACCUAGAGAGAAGGUGGGAAGCGAUCGUGAUGCAGGCGCUGCAGUGGCAGAACAGACUGAAGAGAGAGCUGGGAGAGCAGCAGGUUCCUGGGAACUUUUUGGAACCAGGUUUGGUGGACCUUCACCAAAUCAGCCCAGUGUCAGCUGGUCCAGUAGCACCAGUGCAGGAUGAUUCAUGGGAAUGGGAUGAAACAGAUAUGACAAUCACAGAAGCAGAGCCACAAGCUAUACCAGAACCUGACCUUACACAAAACCUCCCCACAGAACCAAAUCUGCCUUCUGAAGCUGUUCUGCCCAAUGAAAACCCCCCUGACACGAGUAGAACACCUGUCCCCGCUACUGAGUGUACUGAGAUUAUGUCGAAUACUAGAGGUGGAUCAUCAGUGGAGGUUCAGCACAAUAUGACCUCCCAAACCUCACCCCCUAACAACAAUAAUGUCUACCAAGUAUAUAGCCUCCACAAUAUUGAAUUAUACAGACAGCCUCAGUUUCCUCACACUUCAUCCUUAUUGCAAAAAACCAAGUCAGGAAAAAGGAAACAGCAAGUGCUGCAGAAGAGCUUGAGUAAGGAUUCCUCCUUCUCUUCCAUCGAAUCCCUCCCAGAUCUCCUGGGAGGUUUGAUGUCAAGAAGAUGCCGAGAUGGAGAGAGUGAGGGUGGAAGAGGGAGCGGCCAGUCCUCAAACAGUCGUCGGUCUGAGUGCGAAAGCGGGAUUGUUAGUGACACAGGAGACACAGAGACAACAAUAGCCAACUUUGAAAUCCCAGGAGAGGAAAAAGGUGUGGGUAAAGAAGAGGAGGAGGAAAGUGAGCAGGAGAAGAGGUCGAGGAGGAGCGAAACCAAAAGAAACAGAGAGGAGGAGAAGAAGAGGAGACACAGGAGGGGAGGUGGGGAGGCUGUUGAAAUCCUAAUUAACGGACGUGGCAUCCUGACACCUGCGGAUUCUGACUCUGAUUUUGAGGUGGGGGGACUUGCUGUUGACUUCUCAAAGUCUUUCUUGUCCCACAGUGAUCUCACUGACUUCACCACUCAACAGUACCAUGGUUUGGAAACUCCUCCUGUCCUCAGCCGCCGGGCAUCAAGUCCAGUUUUAUCUCAGGGCUCCUCUCUAGAGUCCCUUCUGGCUCCAGGUGUGGAGUUAUUCCCCUCCAAAGACCCACUGCAUCGUAGCGCCUCUCUGGAGACUGGCCUAGUCCCAUUUCGCAGUAUUGAUGAAGGAACUGGAGGUAGCCUUGCCAGUCUCGGAGAGCUGGAGAAGGAGCAGAGAAGUGGAUAUGAUGGAGGCCAACAAAGAAAAGAAAACAACACUGAAACUGUGCAAGGGGAACCGUCCCCUGGAGAGCUUAGCCGAAGAACCCUUGAUCUCUUGAAACGUCUGGAGAACAUCCAGAGUCCUCUUGGGGCAAAAAUGACCCGGAGUGUUUCUGACAUGACGCUUCGGGGCAGCUCCCCGCAGAGGUGCCCCCUCCCUGCCUCCCCCUCUCUUGGUGGUCGACACGCCCCGCUAUCUGGGAUUUCAUGCUCUUUGUGGAAAGGACCUCCAUCGCUGAUCAACGAGAGUUCAGCAACAGCAUCCCUAACAGAGCUGAGUAGCACUGAGGACUCAUCGCUAGGCUCUGAAGAUUUUGUCAUGCUCAGAAAUCAGAGGCACCUCUUGCUGGAUCCCACAGUGGCACCCAAUGCAAACUCUUCUAGGAAGCGCUGCCACGGUAGGAGCAGAGGAGCACAAGGCCUGGAUGAAGCUGACGCAACCAGUUUGAGCAUGGUUGUGAACGUCUCUUGCACAUCAGCCUGCACGGAUGAAGAUGAGGAUGACAGCGACCUCCUGUCUUCCUCCACGCUCACCCUCACAGAGGAGGAGCUCGGCGUUCGGGACGAAGAGGAUGAAGAAGGAGAGCGGCUGAGUGGCGCAUCCUCAGGUCACGAGGAUGUUGAGGAUGAUGAUGAAGAAGAAAUGGAGGGCUCUUAUGUGCUGGGGCUUGAGUACAUGAAAAGAGAGCUCCAAAAUUGGAUCCGAUCUCCUCGUGCCUCCACUUCCUCUUUCUCUAAAACAGAAACAGGCCUCCAUGAUGAGCUUCAGUGUGGAGCCAACCUGUCCCCUCAGAUUAAGGAGUGUUUUUUAAACCACUCAGCUUCAAAAUUAUUAGAUGCCAACAGUGAUGGUGGCAACAAUAAAGUAAAAACAGGCAAGAGGGGAAUGGAGGAGGAGGAGGAGGAGAAUAGGAGGAACGCGACAAGAAGCUACAUUAGCCAGUUUGUGGAUGAUGUGGAGAAUGGAAAUGUGGACCAGAGCUGUCUAAAAGGGAGGGAUGAAGAUGAUGAGCUCCUCCGAGAGGAGUCCAGCAUGUUCACCAAGAACGGAGAGUCUCUAAGGGAUUCGUACGUGUUUGCCAAAACAGGAGAGCUGGUUCAAGAUAUUAGCAACUUGGUAGUGAUAACAGAAUCAAGCGAGACAAAGGAGUCCCCAUCCUGUGAGCUGCUCCCUUUCCCAUCCAAACGUGCUUCCUCUUUGGUGGGACAGCUUCGGGGAGAGUUGCCCUGCCACAGCUCCUCCCUCCCUUCUCCUCCAUCCCUCUCCCCAGUGGAGGACUGCAAAUCCCACGAUGCUUUGCACAACAGCAGGUCGGUAGCCAGCAGAAGGAAGGCCAUCACCAUUCAGGAAAAGUUCAGAUUCUCAUCUUUUGUGACAGAGGAGACGAGGAGGGAAGUCAGAGACAAAGAUUCGUCCUUGCUCCCCAAAAAAGGGCACAACUCUCACUCCUCCUGCUGCAAGCACCUUCCCUGCCCCUCUUCCCUCCAUCCACCUUGUAUAGAAGAAAGCAAGAAGGAGAACGUGCAUGAUUUUGUGAUGGAGAUUAUUGACAUGACCUCACUGGCCCUGAAAAGCAAAGAGAACCAGACUGAGGAACCGAGCCAGACUGAGACCAAUGGGUCCAUUCCAGACCAAGGUUCUGCAUCAUUAGCACAGAUCAGAGACAAGGUGCUCGAACACUCCCACAGGCCCCUCCACCUUAAGAAGGGAGACUUCUACUCCUACCUGUCUCUCUCUUCCCAUGACAGCGACUGCGGCGAGGUCAGUCAGUGCACAGAGGACAAGAGCUCCACCCCAGCACCCUACAGCAUCCCGUCAUACGUCACGCCAACGCAAGGCCUCCACAGCCCGAGCCCUGAGCUGUUCACAAGCACCAGACAGCAAAUUUCAGCGUCUCCCGGCCUCGGAACCAAAAACAAAGUCUGCACUCUUGAUCUAAAGUCUGCUGACAGUGAAACUUACUGUGCCGCUGAUGGUACCCAUGAAGAGCAAACUAACCCCUCUCUGUCUCUGCCCCCCAGCCCUGACAUCAGGGAAGAGGUGACUCUGUUUGAAGCCUGUACAGAGGAGGUUUAUCUAGGCCCGCCUCUCUGCUACAGCAUGGUUCUCACCAAGAAACCAUGGCACUUCUUUCUGAAGGAGAAUUUUGAGUCCCCCCUGUCAUUUGGCUAUGAAAUGAAUGACAGCGUACCUUCGCUGUCUUGCUUAAACAACAAUUUUCAGUCUACGUCCGACGACGGGUCCAAUUCUCCAGCAGAUGACAGUCUGGGUUACCUGUCUCUCUCUAAGCAGACAGUACUGGCGAAAAACCAGGAUCAACUAUAUUUCCAAAGAACAAGUCCAGCAGAGGACACACAGAGCUCUUCCUCUACUUUCCUGGAGCCUUGUUACAGCUCAUGUUCCACCUCACCACCCUCAACAAGCGACGCCACCUCCCUCCAGGGGCCUGGCUCCAAACCAAAAGACUACCUUUCCUCUCUUCUUCCUCUUCCUGUGUCCUCCGGCACAGAGGAAGAGAAACGAGGUGAGCACCCGUACCUCCUCUGUGAUGUUGCUGGAGGAGAAGUCGCGGCCGCUGCGAGUGUCAGCACGCCGCAGGAGGAGAGAAGUCGUAAUGAGGGGCCUCCUUAUCUUAAUCCCCGGGCGCGUGUCGCCCCGAUAGACUCCUCCGCAGCCGAAUGUUUGGCAGAUACUAAAACGCUUGAAUCCAAUAUGGGCGCCGUAAUGACCAAGAUAAGUGUCUGCAGCUCCGCUACAAAUCCCUCAAAAGAGCCAGCCACCACCGCCACGCGUAUUAAUCCCAAAAUUAACUGCUUGGCGAUGAGAGAAGCAGAUAGGGGAGAGGGGGAGAGGCAAGGGGAGGUGGAUACUCAGUGGGUGAAGUCAGAGGAGAAGGGGAGGAGAGGACGGAGGAGCUCGCAGCAGGAAGCGAAGACUGCGACAGCGAAGCAGGGGAGCUCUCAGUUAAGUGCCAGGACAGCCCAGGGGCGGAGCCAAGCCUCAGUGAGACAGCCCACCUACAGGACGGGUACCAUCAGGAGACCAGCCGUGUUGGGAGCAGGAACCUCCAGGAUCCAGCAGUAAGCGAGCGCCUUUCGUCUUCUUCAUCGGUGAAGUGAUCUUACUUCUUAGCCUCAUCACUCUGGAUGGCCCCUCUCUGUUCCUGGAGCUUUCACAUUUAUCAUCUCUCAGUUCUCACUGUUGUAAUUCAAGACUGACUCAUUUAAUCAUUUCAGGGUGACCUUCAAAUUGAUUGUCAACUGAUUCUUAGUCGGAGUCUUUGAGUCUUAUUUCAGGGUUGAGCUUGUGAUUAUGCUGCAGCUUUGGGGUUUGGCUGAGCAUAUUUAUGAGUUAAUCUGGGGACAGUAUAUAGAAUAUGAAAAUACGAUCAUUAGGAGAAAGAUGUUAAGAGUUAUAAAGAAAGUACUGUAGCAGAAUUAUGUCCAGCAACAAUUUGCAAACUGUUUCAAGGUGACUAAGGGCAGAGAGAUAUUAUAUAUGGGCCAUGACUCAUAUAAUUUCAUGUCGUGUCCGUUACAUAACACUGGGCUAAAGAGGAAAAUACACUGAACAACACAGACUAGCUUUACUGUUUAUAUGCCGGCAAUGCAAAAUCAGCCUCAUUUUCAUUUUGCUAUGUUUUGUAGCUUGUUUUGACUAAUUUAAAACAAUUUAACAGUGCUACCUGAGCUUUUAAACUUUCAAUAAGCAGUAAAUGUAACUAAUGUGAGUUGUUCAGAAAUCAGGUGGAAUUUACUGUACUUUUUUGAAUUUCUUUUCUUGGGGCUAGUUUGUUUUAUUUCCUAGAGGCCGGUUUUUCCACAAAGAAAACAUGUUACAUUAAUACACAGAGGUAAUCUGGUUCAAUUGUUACUGCUAAAUUCAUGCAAUUAAUCUAACUGACUCAACAUAAAAUGGAAAAGGUUAGAUAUUUAAAAAAAAGUUGAAAUGAUAUAUAAAACAAAAAAGAUAUCAAGGGCCAAUCAGAUUUUUUGGAGUUUGAGAAUCAACGCUAUAAGAAUAGCAGCAGAAAAACAACCAUGAUGUGGUGAUGAGCAUAAAUCAGUGUGUCACUGUGUAGAGCACUCCACAGAAACAUUAAUAAUAAAUUCAACUACAAGUCAUUCAAGUCUUCUGUCAGAGGUUCUGGACAGCUGCCCAAUUUCUGUUCCUGAAAAUUAUUUGCUACUCGUCAGUUAUGACAAAAGAAGAGAAAAUUAUCACUGUUUCCAAACAGAAAUCAUCUAACAUGAACAAAGCCCGAGGUUGAGUGAAUAAAACGAAACAACAGCUCAGUGAAACCUGCAUCCUGUCAGGCGUUUUCUGGACAUCUAUGGCAGCGGUCCCCAACCUUUUUUGCGCCAUAGACCGGUUUAU